UGCCUGAAUCUCUGCGUCGUAGCUCGAAGAGGCAUGAAGGGACGUGUGGAAGGCGGUGAUAAGGGCGCCGCUGUGGUCCCAGAUCAAACCUCCUCCUUCGGAAACUCCGGUCUGGUGAUCGAAAGAACCAUCAGUGUUCAGGUUGACCCAAGGAGAAUCGGGUCGAAGCCAAACAACAGCUCUGGGUCGAAGGGGCCGAACAGGCGCAGGUGGAGCCACCAUGUAGCGGUGUGGUGGCGUGCAGCCUGUCCAGUCUCGGGCAGUGAGCCUGCCCAAAGAU